GAAAAAAAAAAGUUAUCCAAAGCCGUUUUUCAACAUUAAAAAUUCAAAUGGUCAAAGAAAAUUAAUAAUUGAUAAAAAAAAAUAAUUUAAAAAAUAUGGCAGCUCAUGUUAUGUGUUUAACAUCAUCAGGAGGUAUUCCAAUCUUUUUAAAAAAAAGAGGCGAUGGAAAUAUUAUAACUUUUUCAAAAAUGGCAUCAUUAAGUGGUAUUCAUAUGUUUUUAAAAUCACAGGAUAUUAAAUUAAAUGAUACUCAUAUGCCAGAUACAGUUAUAGUUUGGAAAGAAUAUGUAGAGUCGGUUAUUUUAAUAGCAAUUGCCAGUGGGACGACCAAAAAAAUUUUAGAUUACUUUAUUGAUGCUGUAUUCAACGCAAUGAUAUUCGUCGUUGGUAUUGAGGAAAUUAAAAAUCCACGUAAUUUAGAAAAAUUAAAAAAAGAUUUACUUGCUUCCAGUACUAUUAUUGAUAGAUUGUUUGAUUGCUUGGAUAUUGGCGAUAGAACUAGCGAUAAAGUUGAAUUGAUUACACUGCCAAGCUGUAUCUUAUGUCCUGAAAAUAAUUUACUACGAAAUAGUCUUGAAACAUUUGUAGAGUAUUUAGAUUCAUCUUACGGUUGUAUUCUUGUUCAUGGAUGUGUAGCAAUAGCAACUGAAAGCUGGUGGGAUUUAGAUUCUAUAGAAAUAAAAUUACUUGUAAUGGCUGCAUUUAUGGAUAAAAAUAGUACUGCAUGUGAUUUUCCAGUAUUUUUGCCAAAAAUGAGUCCAAACAUAGCAUUCAGACUGAUAACAAUAACAUUGAUUGAAGGAGUUCAAAUAUUAGCAUUGUGUGGACCAAAACCAGAUUUAACAGAAAUUGAAAAGACAGCUAUCCAAUGCUGGCGGAGUCAUAUUGACAUUUUACGAUCAGCUGAAAAAUGUUAUCCUAAUUGUUUUCCAUCUACAAUUUCAUUAGACCCAUCUAUUUUAGGAUUUUUACUGAUAGAUUACCAAACUGGUAAAUAUGUUGCUGGUAGAAAUCCAAAACCGUCUUCAAAUCAUCCUACUGGAGCCCACAAGUUGGAUAUUUUACGAUCAUUUUAUUAUCAAGCUGUUGAAGUAUUUUUAACUUCAGAACCAAGUGAUAAACAAGAGCAUGACAAAAAUACAAAUAAAAAGCCAGUUAUUCGAUCAAAAGAAACUUAUUGGUGUUUAGAGUAUUAUAAAUGUCAUGCAUUAAAAGAAAAAGACAACAUUAUUUGUAUUUUAUAUACAUAUACUAUACCGAUCCAUACAAUAAGACUGAUUACGCGUAAAACGCUAAAAAUUUUAAUAUCAGAUAAACAAGUUUGUUGGUAAUUAAAGUUUAUAACAAUAUAUAUUAAAUCUUUGAUA